GUCAAGCUAUAACCUUGGUGCAAAACAGUUACGCGAUCUCUCUCACUACAAUUUCGUUCAUUUUAAUAAAACAACAAUUACGUUUCCAAUUUUAGUUACUAUAUAGUAUUUACAUACAAUAAAUAUUUAGUUUAAUUAAAGUGUAAUAAUUAAAAUGUCUAUUCCUCAAUAUUUCGAGUUAGAAGGUGGCAACCGUAUGCCACGAAUCGGAUUCGGUACCUGGCAGGCUCCACCAGAUAUAUUAGAAACAUCAGUAGAUGCAGCUCUAGAAGCAGGAUAUCGACACUUCGACUCGGCUAGGGUGUACGAAAACGAGGCAGCACUAGGUCGAGCUCUCAACCGUUGGAUCGGUGACGACCCUGCUAAAAGAAAGGAACUAUUUGUAGUCACGAAACUUCCCCCUGGAGGUAAUCGGCCCGAUUUGGUAGAGGAAUAUUUUGAUGCCUCAUAUCGUGACUUGGGCUUAGAAUACAUUGACCUCUACCUGCUACAUGCCCCAUUCGCCUUUGAACAUGUACCGGGAGAUCUUCAUCCAAAGAACUCAGAUGGCAGCAUGAAAUUUGACUACAAAAACGAUCUCAUUGCCGUUUGGAAAGCCAUACUAAAGCUUAAAGAAUCAGGUCGUGUACGUCACGUUGGCGUAUCUAAUGUAAAUGAGGAGCAAAUUAAACGAUUAUGCGCAGUAGAAAAACCAGCGUGUCUACAAGUAGAAGUACACGUGUUAUGCCAACAGAAACAACUGAUCGCCACUGCUAAUCAACUAGGAAUACCAGUGGUCGCAUAUUCACCUUUAGGUUCUAAGGCUUUGGCAGAUGCUUUAGCCGAAAAAACUGGGCGUAGCUACCCCAGCCUACUUGAAUUACCAGAAGUUAAGAAAAUCGCACAUUCACAUUCACGUACAACCGCACAAGUGCUACUUCGAUUCUUAUUGCAACAAGGAGUUGCUACAAUUCCAAAGAGUACGAAUCCAAUUAGAAUUAAACAGAACAUUUCCGUUUGGGAUUUUGAAUUAAGUGAAAAAGAAAUGGACGAGCUACGUGCUUUAGACCGCGGUGAAGAGGGCCGUAUAUGUGACUUUGCAUUUUUCAUUGGGGUAGAAAAACAUCCAGAAUUCCCAUUCAAAAAAUAAUUAUUUUUAAGAUC